GGUGGCUGCCUCGCCCGGCGCACAGCUGGUGGCGCGCUCCCUUUAGGAUCCCCUUAAGUAAAGAGGCUCGGUCUAGCGCCCAGCGAAUAACGCUAUCCAAUUGCUUCCCGUUUUAUUCGCAGGCUGGGAUCUGCGAGAGCCUGAGCAUUUUCUUGCCAGUGCUCCAGGGGAGGAGGGAGGCGGGCGGGGACCGGGGGACGGCUUGACUGCUCCAUCUCGUGCGCGGCCAGAGCGCCCCGGCCCUGGCAGAGGCCAGCAGCGCCUGGAGCCCCGCAGAAGCGCGCAGGGCUGCCCGGAGCCCCGCGAUGGAGAUGGCAGAGGCGGAAUUGCACAAGGAGAGGCUGCAAGCCAUAGCAGAAAAAAGAAAGAGGCAGACGGAAAUAGAAGGGAAGAGACAACAGCUUGACGAGCAGGUGCUGCUGCUCCAACAUUCCAAGUCCAAAGUGCUUCGGGAAAAAUGGCUGCUGCAGGGUGUACCGGCGGGAACAGCGGAGGAGGAGGAAGCCAGACGCCGACAGUCUGAGGAGGAUGAAUUCAAAGUCAAGCAGCUUGAAGAUAACAUUCAGAGGCUGGAGCAGGAAAUACAAGCGCUCGAAAGCGAAGAGUCCCAGAUAUCGGCCAAAGAGCAGAUCAUCCUCGAGAAACUGAAGGAGACAGAGAAAUCCUUCAAGGACUUGCAGAAGAGUUUCUCCACUGCUGAUGGAGCUAUAUACGCCAUGGAAAUUAAUGUGGAGAAAGACAAACAAACAGGAGAGACCAAGAUUCUCUCUGCAUCCACCAUUGGCCCAGAGGGGGUCCAUCAGAGAGGAGUCAAAGUCUAUGAUGAUGGUACCAAAGUAGUGUAUGAGGUGCACUCAGGAGGCACCGUGGUAGAGAACGGAGUCCACAAACUAAGCGCAAAGGAUGUGGAAGAGCUAAUUCAGAAGGCUGGACAAUCGAGCUUCAGAGGACACAUGUCAGAAAGAACUGUUGUUGCAGAUGGGAGCCUAGGCCAUCCCAAGGAACACAUGCUCUGCAAAGAGGCCAAGUUAGAAAUGGUGCAAAAAUCCAGGAAAGAUCAGUCUUCGGGAAACCCCGGGCACCAAGCCCAACCCCCCAGCACAGAGGGUCCAGAGGUCAACCUGGAUCAACCGGUCACCAUGAUUUUUAUGGGCUACCAAAACAUCGAGGAUGAAGAGGAGACUAAGAAGGUGCUAGGCUAUGACGAAACCAUCAAGGCCGAAUUAGUGCUGAUUGACGAAGACGAUGAAAAGUCGCUGAGGGAGAAGACAGUGACGGAUGUGUCCACGAUCGAUGGGAAUGCAGCUGAACUGGUGUCCGGCAGGCCCAUGUCGGACACCACAGAACCCUCAUCCCCAGAAGACAAGGAAGAGAGCCUGGCCACAGACCCGGCCCCAGCAUCUGGGUGGUCUACUGUGCUGCUCCAGGAAGAAGAGGUGACUGCUGAUCCGGUAGGAACCAACGCAGACAUGGCCAUCCAGAAAAGCCCCCAGCUUUCUGACGAUGCUAACCAGCUGAGAAACAAGCAAGACAACUGUGGUGACAGUCGCCUGGAGCCUGCCGCCAGCUCUCUCUCCCCAGAUCACAAAAACAUGGAAAUUGGGGUGUCCGUGGCAGAAUGUAAAAGUGUACCUGGAAUCACCUCUACCCCCCAUUCCAAGGACCACUCCUCCCCUUUCUAUUCUCCCUCACACAAUGGCCUCCUCACUGAUCACCACGAGUCUUUAGAUAAUGAUGUCGCCAGAGAGAUCCAAUACCUAGAUGAGGUGCUGGAGGCCAACUGCUGCGAUUCCUCCGUGGAUGGAACUUACAACGGGAUCUCUUCCCCAGAGCCUGGUGCAGCCAUACUGGUAAGCAGCCUUGGCUCACCUGCCCACUCAGCCACCAAGGUAGAACCCAUUGAGAAAGCAUCUGGUAGGCAGCUGCCUCCUCACAUCGAACUCAGUAGAAGCCCUUCUGACAGCAUGGCUGAAGGAGAAAGAGCCAAUGGACACUCCACUGACCAGCCUCAAGACAUGCUGGGGAAUAGCCUGCAGGCUCCUGCCAGCCCCAGUUCCUCUACCAGCUCCCACUGCUCCUCCCGAGAUGGAGAGUUCACACUCACCACACUGAAGAAGGAGGCCAAGUUUGAGCUGCGUGCCUUCCACGAGGACAAGAAGCCCUCCAAGCUCUUUGAGGAGGACGAGCACGAGAAGGAGCAGUUCUGCAUCCGGAAAGUGAGGCCCUCUGAGGAGAUGAUAGAGCUGGAGAAGGAGCGGAGGGAACUCAUUCGGAGUCAGGCUGUGAAGAAGAAUCCUGGCAUCGCGGCCAAGUGGUGGAAUCCUCCCCAGGAAAAAACUAUUGAGGAACAGCUGGAUGAGGAACAUCUGGAGUCACACAGAAAGUACAAGGAGCGCAAAGAGAAAAGGGCACAGCAGGAACAGCUACAGUUACAGCAACAGCAGCAGCAGCAGCUACAACAGUUGCAACAGUUGCAGCAGCAGCAACAGCAGCAGCUGUCCACCUCUCAGCUCUGCACAGCCCCAGCUGCUCAUGAACACCUAGAUAGCAUUGAACACACAAAGGAGGAUGUCGUCACUGAGCAGAUUGAUUUCUCAGCUGCACGCAAGCAGUUCCAGCAGAUGGAGAAUUCCAGGCAAACACUGGCCAAGGGCCAGAGCACACCUAGGCUGUUCUCCAUCAAGCCUUUCUACAAACCUCUUGGAUCCAUCAACUCGGACAAGCCACCGACCAUCUUGCGACCAGCUACUAUCGGGGGAACUGUGGAAGACAGCAGCACACAGGCAGCCAAAGAGCAGAAAGCUCUCUGUGUAUCUGAGAGCCAGUCUGCAGGAGCAGGAACAGGUAAUGCUGCCACUCAGGGAAAGGAAGGGCCAUACAGUGAGCCUUCCAAACGCGGGCCCUUAUCCAAACUGUGGGCAGAGGAUGGAGAGUUCACAAGUGCCCGGGCCGUCCUUACUGUAGUCAAAGAUGAAGAUCAUGGGAUUUUGGACCAGUUUUCAAGAUCGGUCAAUGUAUCUUUGACCCAGGAGGAGCUGGACUCAGGUUUGGAUGAGUUGUCAGUAAGGUCCCAGGACACCACUGUCCUGGAGACUUUGUCCAAUGACUUCAGCAUGGACAACAUAAGUGACAGUGGAGCUUCUAAUGAGACACCCAAUGCCCUUCAGGAAAACUCUCUGGCUGAUUUCUCCCUGCCUCAGACUCCCCAAACAGACAACCCCUCAGAGGGCCGAGAAGGCGUCUCCAAGUCCUUCAGUGACCAUGGUUUCUAUUCUCCUUCCUCCACACUGGGAGAUUCCCCAUCCGUUGAUGACCCCUUGGAAUAUCAGGCUGGGCUCCUGGUGCAGAAUGCCAUUCAACAAGCCAUAGCCGAGCAGGUGGAUAAGGCUGAGGUGCACACCAGCAAAGAGGGAUCAGAACAGCAGGAACCUGGAGCAAUGGUAGAGGAAGCUGGAAGCCAGGCUCCUGGCUCUGAGAAGCCCCAGGGCAUGUUUGCACCACCUCAGGUGUCCUCUCCCGUUCAAGAGAAAAGGGAUGUAUUACCAAAGAUCCUCCCCGGGGAGGACAAGACACUCAGGGAAAAGGGACCCUCCCAGCCACCCACAGCUGUGCAGCCCAGCGGUCCAGUCAACAUGAAAGAGACCAGGCCUGAAGGAGGGUACUUCAGCAAAUACUCAGAGGCAGCCGAGCUGAGAAGCACAGCCUCCCUUCUGGCUACUCAAGAGUCUGAUGUCAUGGUUGGGCCCUUCAAACUGAGGUCAAGGAAGCAGCGGACUUUGUCCAUGAUUGAAGAAGAGAUCCGGGCAGCCCAGGAAAGGGAAGAGGAGCUAAAGCGGCAAAGACAAGUGAGGCAAAGCACCCCAAGCCCCAGGGCUCAGAACGCCCCAUCGCUGCCUUCCAGAACCACCUGCUACAAAACUGCUCCAGGGAAAAUAGAGAAAGUCAAACCUCCUCCAUCCCCCACAACUGAAGGUCCCAGCUUGCAGCCUGACUUAGCCCCUGAAGAGGCUGCCGGAGCCCAGCGGCCCAAGAACCUGAUGCAGACCCUCAUGGAAGACUAUGAGACACACAAAUCUAAAAGGCGCGAGAGAAUGGAUGAUAGUAGUUACACCUCUAAGUUACUGUCUUGCAAGGUGACUUCCGAGGUCCUGGAGGCCACUCGGGUUAAUCGAAGGAAGAGUGCUCUGGCCUUGCGCUGGGAGGCAGGGAUUUAUGCCAACCAGGAGGAGGAGGACAAUGAAUAAACUUCCUUCAGCCCAGGAAACUCCUUGGCCAAAGAGUUUCCGCAAAGAAACCAAGAAAUUAUUGAAUCAGACGCAUUUUAAUAGACUACUUAUUAAAGUGCAUACAAACUCAAUAACCCUCAUGUAGACCAGAAGCUGCAAUACACAAUGAUAAUAAAACAAAACGAAACACAAAAAAGCAAAGCGAAGCGAACAGGAAGUUCACCCAUCAAACUCUGAGACGGGGCAGAGGAGAAAGGGUGUCUUUGUGACUCAAAGAAAGCCUUGGCUUUGGACCAUUCCACAACUGAUCCAAAGGGACACAGACGGGACAAGCAAGUCCACGUAGUUGCUGCAGGCAGAACUGAAGCCAGCCUCGGCUGGGCGUUACGGAGGAGCAAACAGGCCAUUCCAAGGCAACCAACAGGCCCCAGCCUGGUGCAGCCUACAGCACACAGGCUACCCCUCCACCAGCUUCCCACCCCUUUCUCCGUCAAGGCAUCAGAAGUGUUGGGUUGACUCCAUUUUCUCCAGCAGCCAUAAAAACAAAUGGUGUUCCUUUCCAUAGUUGCCCCAAAAGGAGGCAACAAGGAUUCGAUCUCUCUUAUAUGUAAUCAUUUGAAAUUGGGAGCACCUAAUGGUCACAAUAUAUAUAAAGUCUGUAUUUUUAAGGCAAUAUCUCUUCACGUUGCAGACGCAAUCUAUCCUACAGCAGGAGGUUGAGGACGGUGGGGGAGAGAGCCAAACCAAAAGGGUUAUUAGCUUUAGGACCUUGUCUGCUUUUAUCGUUGACUGAUCAGUUUAGGGAAACACACUUUCACGGUUACGUUUCUUCAUAUGAAAAGUAUAUUUAGUGAGCAAUGACUAUUUUUAUGAUGGGAUGGGGGAACAGGGACACGGGAUAAAACCUGUACACAUUUGAACGGCUUGGUUCAAGAUGGUAGGGGUAUUUUUAGAAUGGCAAUAAUUGAAAAUAAAAGGGGGCAGACUCUGCCUUCAGGAAGGUAGAUGACCAGAAAUAAGGUGUUUGUAACUAUUUUCUAUUUUAAAGUGGGCCUUAGAGGUGGCUGUGGCAUAGGAUGAGCUGUUUUGGAUCUGAGAAAGGCAACCUUAAACGCAUGGAGAUAGGAAGAGAAAGGGGCGAGAGAGACAAAGAAUGGGAAAGGAAGGAAGGAAGGGAGAUUAUUUUUGCUGAACAACCAGUGUUUUCCAGGACGACAGAGAGAAAAAUAUAGCAUAGAAAUUUAAGUACACAUGUGGAAUCAGCUACAAAUCCUAAAGAUGGUGUGUAUGCCUUUGUGUGCUUGUAUAAGGCAUGUAUGUUGGUGAGUAAAUAUAUGCCAGCGUGGGGUGUGUGUGUGUGUGUGUGUGUGUGUGUGUGUGUGGUGUGUUGACCGUGACACAUGGGUGUACAGUAUUUCCUCUGUAGCUGCCUGUCGACUUCAGGAGUGAGUGACAGUUUUCUUUUUUUAUGAAAAGGCACAGGGAAGACACAGGGCUGAUGCAGUAUUCCUGAUGUCAAGCUGACUGAACUAUGGCAUUUGCAUGAGUGACAGUCGUGAAGUUUCCAGCAGUUUUGUAUUGAUAAUUUGACAUUUAGUACACACCCUAUUUAUUCUCAUGCUUUCUGUCCGUGCCUCGUGUACCACAGAGGACACCGGCUUCAUUCUUUCUGUCAUUUCAAGCAAUAUGAUAAGGACGUUCACUAAUCGGGUGCCCUGAGUUUCUGAAUGAGAAAAUGUUUCAUUUCUGGCCAGGAAGGGGAGGUGGGAGGAGGGGGAGAAGGCAUGGAAGGGGAAGGAGGAAGAAAAAGAAGAACUAACCAGCCUUCAUUAUUUUUCCUUUAUUUUUAAGCUAUUUCUUACAAGCAAUAAUUAAAUCAUACCUUGCUAAAAUUCAUUUUUGUUUUUAUGUUAUUAUGUUAUAAGAUCUAAUAUGUUAUUCUAAUGAGUAGCGACUCCACAAUACUUAUAUGCACACUCCACACACUAUCUUGGCUUUUUUGUUUUGUUUUGUUUUGUUUUCUUUAAAUUAGGCUAGUGUGACUUUAGGGAAAAGCUUACUCACUAGUAAGUAGUGGGCACAGGUAAAAAGAUGGAGUUGUCUCAUGGCUUAUAGGGAUGCUUAAAAACUACCAAGGGAACGUGUAACUCCAAGACAGAUUCUGCAGUCGCUAGCCAAAAUCGUACGCCGGAAGUGCGCGCCGUCUUUAGAUGGUUCAUUCUUUUAGACAUAAUGUUAUUAAAAAUGCUAGCCACUGAGGACAGAAAGCAAAGGCAGAGAACUGUGCUGCAAGGAAUUUGCUCUUCAGUAAGGGAGGUGGGCCCAGAAGCAAAUGUUCCGGAACAGAACGUGACAUCCAUGCCAGAUUAGAAGUCCUGCUAGGUAGAUGGGCACACGGGAGAAGGGCCAUUUUUGUCGAAGGACUUCCCGCCGGAGGCUGUUUACACGGUGAGAUGAAGGCUCCUUCCUUAGGGACACACAGGAAUCAGGACUCGUGGGGGGCGGGGAGGAGAGGGGUAGCUGCAGUGUCCUGGGACCUCCGCCCCACUCUGGAGAGCAGGGUAGUACUGUGAGUGCUACAGAAAGCAAGCUCCUUCAUGAUUUCUGGUAUGUGCUAGCGACUGUGGAAGCAUCACAGACCAACUCGCCCAUUUUUCACAAAGGGAAACCGUCCCCUUGGCUUCCUUAAAUUUCUUGUCCUGUUUAGAAGGGAAAUGUGGACCCUCGUGGAGGGUACACUGAGGAAAGACUUGGCAGCCAGAGCCCACGCACUCCUUGGAGUUCCUUCGGUAGCAGAUGAAGUGGUCUUUUGACUGCAGUAGAUUGGAUAGGAAGUUCGAACGCUGAGGGAUUAGGCUUGUCUGUAGGUGAGGAGACACAAGUCUCUUCCUGCUUACAGGGCUUUUAUCACUGGCCUCUCCAUUUCCAAGUUUUGCUGGUUUCCCUGAGCUGCCUCUAAAGACUGCCAUCUGUUUCCUUGCUCCCCUCGAUGACAGUUCUAGUGUAUUUUGUUAGGAUAGAAACCGCAUCUCCAUCAGAGAGAGGUAUUUUUUGUUCUGUGUUCUUUGGGGUAUUUUUUUUUAUUUGGGGUGGGUGGGGUGAUUUAUUCGUUUUCUCAUUCAGGAAACAUUUGAGCCAUUGCUUUGGACAUAUCACUGUGCUAGGCUCUAGGAUCCCACGUGGGCCCCUGUCACCUUCCCAGUAUGGAGCAGAUCCCUGGAGGAAAAGUCUUUUCUGCCCCAUAAGCCUGAGAUGAAGAGGCUCCUGGUUACUUUUGCCUCGGAUGCUCGGCUCUACCCUGCACCAGUACACAAGCUUGUUAGUCUCAGCUGUAAGAAAUGUUUAGCUUCUGUAGAUGUUAAAAACCUUCCUGAAGGAAUUCCACACUGCAGUGUUUAUACUCGCACUUCCCUCCAGAGCCUAUGACUUGACAGCCUUGGCUUUCUCAUCUAGAAAUGAGGGAUGCAGGGUCUGUCAUCUGUGGCAGAGGCUGGGCGGCACUUGGAUGACAUAGUGCAUGUCCCUUCCUCUUACCCAUGCAUGCUGCCCACCCUAGGCAAUGGCAUAGAAGCAGUAUAUAGAUCAGUGUCCACACACACACACACACAUACACACACACACACACACACAAACAAGGAACACCAAAACAGUGUUGAUUGUUGUGUUUAAAGACAUGUUUUUUUUUCACCUGAAGAAUGGACUUAAACUAUGUAUUGAAAAAAAAAUAGCCUAAGUGUUAGAAAUGGUGAAUGUAUCCAGUUUCAGUUACAAAAACGAUUUCCUGAAUUUUAAGCAUUCAGUGAGCUGCCAAUUUUGAUUUUGUGUUGCUCUUUAUCCAAAUGGCUUUUUCUUUUCUUCUUUCUUCUUUUUAUAAAUUGGAGGAAGUGGGGGUGGGGCGGGGAGCAGCAAUAUUGUGUUUGACAAAUUAUACUCUGUACCUGGCUUUCCUGUGUUCUGUUAACCACCGAGAUGUUUCUAUUCCGUUUUGGUUUUAUAGUGUCUGUGAGGCACUCGAUGCAACCAUACAGUUAUUUUCUCAUUAAAA